AUGGCCAAAACAAAGUCCGACUCUGAUUUGGGCUUAUCAUUGCCUUCAAAGAAACAGAGUUCAAACAAUGGUGAGAAUUUAUUAGUUGCAUUGGUUUCGGGAUGUACAGCAGCAGCAGUCACUGCAACUUUGACUUAUCCAUUUGAUUUCAUCAAAACUCAACAACAAAUAAAUAAAGAUGCAUAUAUGAAAAAAUGGAACAUACCGGGGAACUAUCCUAGUACUUUAGGUCAAAUGUAUAAAGGUGGAAGUGCUUUGGUGCUUGGUGAAAUAAUAAAAAACGGAACUAGAUUAAUUUCAUAUAAUUGGGCAAGUCAAUUUAUGGCAAUUGAUUCUCAUCAUGGACAAACCAAUAAAACUACCGCACCAAGGAUUGUCAUUGCUGGGAUUAUGAGUGCAACUAUUGAAACUGCUUGGAUUGUUCCUUUUGAAAAUAUCAAAAUUACAAUGAUUCAAAACCAGUCUUUACAAAAUGAACUAGUUAGAACAAAAGAUUUGGGUUACGACAUAACUGGAUCAAAGUCAAAUCAAUUAUAUCAACAUCACCACAAUAAACUAUCUAAUAAGCCAUUAUACUUAAGACAAUACGUCUCACCUAAUGCUUACUACUCUGAUGAAAUAAUAGACUCAAUCAAAAAUCAUAAGAAUAGAUUUCAACCACCAAAGGCAAAAGAGAGACUACAUAUCGAAAAUUUGAAAGCAUAUUAUAAUAAACAUCCGUCAUUGACUUUAUUUGGUACGAUAAAAGAAAUGUAUAGGUUGAAAGGUAUAAAAGCAUAUACAGCUGGUACUUUUGUAACAUAUACCAGACAAAUUGCUUUAUCAUGGGUAUGGUUCUCAUCAUACAACUUCAUGCGCCAAUUAAUCAAUCCACAUCAAAACGAAAAUGUUUGGGCCACUCACGACUAUUCCAUGAUAACUUCAAUCGGGAUGCAUGCGAUGUCAUCGGUGGCAGUUAUAGCAAUAACUCAACCUUUAGAUGUGAUCAAGACUCAUUUACAACUGAAGAAUGGUAAAAAAAUUUAUAGAGAUUCGUUGACUACAGCUUACAAAUUAUUUUUAACCCAGGGUCCAUUGUCAAUGUUCAAAGGUGCUUUACCUAGAUUUUUAAAAGUUUUGAUAAGUAGUGGUAUGACUGCAACUGUUUAUGAAUAUGUUGAAAAUAUCGUAAAUGCAGCUGGAGGUCAAACUAUGUUUAGAUUGGAUUAG